AUGACCGGUGAAUGCGUGUCAGUGUCGCUAGAUGGGCCAAAACGACACCACUUCCGCUAUCGACCUCUUCGACCAAUGGGCUUCGGCACACGGGGCGUGAUGCCGUCCCAUCAGCACCUCAAAACCGAACGAGGCGACCCGCUGCUGGAAGAGGAUGCUCCCUUGUCCCUUCCGCUCCGCUGCCCGAGGAGACAUUUCAUCGCGAUAUGUCUGCUAACCGACCCGCCGUAUGCUAUCCGGACCGCAGAGCCGGGAGCAGAGCAGCAGGACCAAGGGGCACCGACGUGCAGCCGGACGCGCAGACUCGACGAGGAGCGCAGGAGCCUGCGGGCGCUCGGCGGAAAAGGCAGCGACUGCCCAGGGGAGGCCGGAUUGCAGUUUCUGGGGACGAGCGCCAAGGGCAGUGCGGCAGUCAGACCGGGGGGGAGGAGGUUGCAGAGAUUUGUGAUGUACUACUCCCCCUCCGCUCAACUCGCCCCUAUCGUCCAUGAUCUGCUCUUCAAGGCAAGGGUGGAACCCCGGGGGAGACCGAUGAGCAUACUGGCCAGGUAUCACUUGCUCCCUUCUUCUCUGGUUUUGCUCAUUCUGCUCGCUGUCUGCACUAUGGGCUGUAUUCAGAGCAUUGCAUGCAAGCCCCGCAUCAGACGGGAGAACAUUGUGGUGUACGAGGUGUCCGCCUCGAUUGACCAGUGUCCCACAAUCAUUGAGGAGAACUCGCCGAUCGUGCUCCGUUACAAGACGCCCUACUUCAGGGCCUCGGCGGGUGUUGUGAUGCCACCAGUGCCUCGCAAUGAGACCUGGGUGGUGGGCUGGAUCCAAGCCUGUACCCAGAUGGAGUUCUACAACACAUAUGGGGAUAUUGGCAUGUCAAGCUGGGAGCUGCCUGAGCUGCGAGAGGGCAGGGUCAAAGCUAUUAGCGACUCCGACGGCGUCAGUUACCCCUGGUACGGAAACACCACAGAAACCGUGACCCUGACCGGCCCAACGUCCAAACCGUCCCGACUAACAGUCAGCAUGAACGACAACUUUUACCCCAGCGUAACGUGGGCAGUUCCCAUCAGUAACAGCAACACACCCAUGCUGACCCACAUCACCAGGGACCAGAGCUUCAUUACCUGGCUGGUGGCCAUGAACUCUGUCACAAAGGAGCGCAUUGUGUUGCAGACAGUGCGGUGGCGGAUGCGGGUCGACAUUGCUGUGGAUCCCGACAUGCCUCUGGGUUCUCGGGCUUCACUGGUGGGUCGUCCCUACCAGGAGCAGCCACACAUCCUCAACUACCAGGAGCCCAUUCCUCCCAACGCACUGGGGAGGCCGAACGCUAACGAUGCCCAAGUGCUAAUGUGGAGGCCUCGGAGGGGGGCGCCACUCGUCGUCAUACCCCCUAAAUAA